GAAUACCCGGCUAAGUUCUGCUAUUUACAUCGAUUACAUUGUCUAAAUGAUAGUAAAAUUCAAGCAAAAUGUUGAUCAGUUACAGACAGUGGGCAAGUAAAUUUUGUGAUUUCGUGAUCUUGAUCUCAUUCUCCCUUCACACAGCACUCUCAGUUUCAAUUUCGAUCAGUUGUCAGUAUUAUGUUAUUUUUUGGGAUUCAAACUGACUGACAAUUAAUCCCUUACCCAAAGAAGUUCUCUAAAGACAGCUGCAUUUUACUACUCUUUUUAAAGUUUCGGAGUGGUCUACUAAGAUGUAGAAUGCUAGGAUGUUUGCUCGGGUGGAUGUUUCUUAUUAUGCAUUUUCACGCACCUUCAGCUAUCAUUUGUCGUUGUGUUAAUUGUCGCACACAUUUAAAUUCAGCGGGGUUACUUCGGUCGGAAAGCCUCGGAGUGCACUAAAAUAUUUCUUGUUCACAUGACGUCAUUUGCCGAAAAGCCUCGUUUGCACUUUCGGUUUUAAUUUUUUCGUUUCGAAAAUGAAAGUCUUCCGGUCUUUUAACGUUGCAUCCAUUUUGAAUGGCAACAAUUUUGUUUAGCUGGAAACCUUGCUGGUACUGUCGUGAAAUCAAAGCACUCAUCUUGUGGAGUGUAUGCUGUAUUUUCGAACGCUGCCACGGGAGUUUAGGUUGACAAUGUGGAGACCUCUGUUCAGGAAGACUGCGUUGCGUUUGUCGGAGCUUCGUGGGGUAGCUGGUGUUUCAACGCUCUCACGACCUGCAGGUUCCUUCCUGAAAAUAAAGAAGUCACGUUGGCAUCGUGCAUUCUCCUCUGCAUGCGGGGACUUGAGUGGAACCUGGUACAAUCAGUCUGGUUCAAUGAUGCAAAUCAUCCAAUCAGAAAAUGGAGAAUUGAUAGGCUGUUACCACAACUGCGCACCUGGUUCUACACCUGCUAAAGAAAAAUUGUCUGGUAGUGUGGGAAAAGAAGAACACGCCUCUCAGUUUGGCUUUACUGUCAACUUCCUGGAUGGAUGGUUUACUACGUCCUGGACCGGACAGUACAUCAAAGAAGGAGGCGCCGAUAGUGAAGAAGUUCUGGUGGCUAAUUGGAUUAUGACACCCAACCUGCAAGAUGGUGUGCAACACCUGGAAUCCAUUCAUGUCGGCCAGGAUCGCUUCACAAGGAAGCUUCAGAACCCUGAGAGGUUGCCGUCUUUUGAUGAUUCGGAGCCAAAGGGGUGGCUGCUAGCCUACUAAGCUUACCCUGUUGGAGAAGUGCUUCUCACUGGAUUUUGCACUCGGGUCCUCUUGCUUAUUGGAGUUCAACUCCUCUACCUGUCUCACAGGGCUCGAACCGGAUAGUAUAUCCAAGCAGAAUAGUUUCUUUAGAAACUCUCAAGAGUUAACCCCUCUUUUCGAUUUGUUGUGGUUAAUGUGGCAUGGUCCUUAUCACAAAUUAAUUCCUCGUUGAUUCAACUUUAGAUCUUGAAAAAGUUUAGAGCAAUUCAGUGAGUGAAGUACGAAGUCAGCCAUGGGAAGCUUUAAGCAACCACGGUGUCCGGGAAUAUUUGUUACGAAUUGGUUCAUUGAUUAAAUGUCCUAGUAAACAUUAAUUAUGUCACCCGGAAUUGUAAAUGAUUGCUUUAGAGAGUGGGACAGACUUAAUAAUAUUGUAAAUAAAGUCCGUAGUUGAGAGAGAGAGAGAGAGAGAGAUGUUGUAAUUGCACGCGUUUAGUCCGUCUAAGAAGGAGAGGGAAACGCGCUGUUGGGUCGUAAGAAUUAAACAUAGACACUAGACAUAUUACAAUAGGUUGGCUUGGGAUUUUACUGUACUCGUGAUUGUAGGAAAAAUUCAAGUUACACAAGGCGAACUAUGAAUACUGUGGUAGAUGUAGUUUAAGUUAGAUUUUCUAGAACGUUUGAACUGAUGCAACGAGAGAAUUGAUAGAAUCAUCUGAGCUGUUACGUUGGAAUUGUUGGAAUUGUUAGAAUUGUUGGAAGGAAUUGUUGGAACGUUGGCGGUGUUCGUCUAGAAUAAAUCUCAGAAAAGAAGAUUGUUUACAGUCCUCUUCGAUUGAUAUCGACUGCGGAGUUUUGUAUAGAUUCCGCGACACACGGCCAGUCCUGAAACUGAGAAAUUAGUCAGAAAUUUUUAGCUGGAAACGUCUGUAUUACUCGCUCAAGAAUAUACGUUGUACCUAGGUUUGAAACCCAACGGCAUCACGGUUUCCUUUCAGGCACUGAGGGUACUCCCUUUGUGCAAACAUAUCUGUUCCAAACAUUAGGAAAGUGGAUAUAUCUAAAGGGCUGCUGUGCUCGUGGAACGUUAUGGGCUACGAAUGUUUGUUUUAGAUAUUUUUUGAAUUUAAUUUGAUAAGAUUUUUAUCUGUACACAAUUUUAUGAUUAUAUAUAUUUUGAACUCUUUAUCUUUGUCAAUUUCAAGUUCAUUGUGAAAUUAAGAGUGUACUCAAUUAGUUUCAUUAAGUUAAAUAUAUUGACACUUCAAUCAA